GAAAUAUGAUGGUAGCCGUGGGAUGCAUGAGCAUGUCCUUGAAAUGACAAAUUUAAUUGGCUGCUCAAUUAAAGAAUUUAGGAAUGAGUGUGGAUGAGUUUUUUCUCGUGCAAUUUGUUCUGAACUCACUGUCCUUGUCUCCUCAGUAUGAGCCAUUUCAAAUUAAUUAUAACACUAUGAAGGAUAAGUGGAAUUUAAAUGAAUUGGCUAGUAUGCUUGUUCAAGAGGAGGCAAGACUUAAACAAUCAGGACAACAUUCGGCUCAUCUCACAUAUCAAGGGGCCAGAAAGAAAGGAAUGAAGCCUAAAAAGGUCAUAAAGCAAGGACCACCUAAAGUGAUUGAGUCUGCUCAAAGUUCUCAGACUCAGAGGAAGGAAAAGUAUAGUGAUAGAUGCCAUUUUUGCAAAAAGUCGGGACACUAUCAGAAAGACUGUUCAAAACGUAAGGCUUGGUUUGAAAAGAAAGGGAUUCCUUUCAACCCAAACCAUAAACCCUAAUGCAAACUUCUUAUUCAUGGGAAAUCGAGUCAAAGCUCCAAUAGAAGCCGUGGGCACUUAUCGUUUAUUUCUAGAUACUGGUCAUCAUUUGGAUUUACAUCAGACUUUUUAUGUUCCUUCUGUUUCUAGAAAUUUAGUUUCGCUCCCUAAACUUGAUUUGGAUGGUUACUCAUUUCAUUUUGAGAAUAAAAGUUUUAGUUUAUUCAA